AUGAAGUUCAACGAGUUAAAAUGCAAAGUGUUGACUGUGUCGCGAAAGAAACAACCGGUGGAUUUCCCAUAUCAACUAGGCUCAACCACUCUUUCUCAUGUUGAGAAAGAGAAAGAUCUCGGAGUUACAAUGACUUGGAAUCUUUCAUGGGAUUCUCAUAUCUAUGAGAUUACAGCUAAAGCGAACAAACUGCUCGGUUUAUUGAAGAGGACAUGCCCUUUCUUAACUGACGUCAGUGUUCGCCGUACUCUAUACCUUUCCUUAGUGAAAUCAAAUCUAACUUAUGCCUGUGAAGUUUGGUCACCAUAUGUUUGCUCACAGAGGAUAAAGAUAGAGCGAGUGCAGAGGCGAGCCACUAGAUGGAUAUUGAAAGCUAGGAAGGGUGACACAGCUACAAUGAACGUCUCAACGAUCUGA